UCUUUGGCAGAUUCUUGAUUAAGGUAUUGUUUUCUGCUUGAUUGUUUGCCUAGUGUUAAUCCUUGCUUAUCUGGGUUUUGGCUGCUGGAGAGAAUGUGCUCUGGCCUUUUGUUUCCUCCUUAGCUUGUUAACUAUCUCUUUUGAAUGGUAUGUAAAUAUUAUACUAUAAAACGGGAAGCAUCCUCUUUUGGCAGCAUUAAGGUGGGGAAUUGGGGGAAGUAACCAUUAGCUUACCUCUCUAGAAAAGCAGAUAUGCAUGAUCAGCUCUUGAAGGUAUAAAUGAACAUCUCACUAAAUAUUUUUUAAAAAUUUGGUUGCUUUCAAGAGUUCUUCAGUAACAGUCAUUAACAUUUGUAUUAAAAUAUAAAAAUAUCAGCUCAAAUGCAAUUGUAGCUUUAUUGCUGUAGAAGAUCCUUAAUGCUUGUUGCUUGCAUUUAAAGGGUCUUGGAAUGAAAACUACAAUGAAAUCUAAGAAUGGACGCAAGUCCUUAACCUUCACUUGUGGAAACGUCAUCAGACUAUGGUUUCUCUUAGGACUCUUUAUAUUAUUAGCUAUGAUCUGGAAGCAAGGCAAAAAGAGUUGCAAAUGCUCCAGAAUGAUAGCACCCACGGUGAUGAUAACACUCGGUCAACUACAAAUAGAGAUAAUGGAUGCCAGUAAACAAAGAUGCUUUUUUACAUUCAAGGUUACAGAAAGAAGGAAGGUAAUAAUUCCAGAGUAUUCUUUUUGGAAGAAACCAGAGAAUCGAAACAUCAGCGUGUUGGAAAGCACUUGGGGUCAUUUACCCAUUACAUAUCAAUAUCUUGUUGGAUCCCCUCCCUCUAAAAUGAAGUUCAUGAGCAUUGGAAUCUCAUCGAUCUACAAAGAGAAGGAACAGCAUUUAUUGGAGACAGUUGAGUCCAUUUUCAGUCACUGCUGUCCAGAAGAACUGAAGAAGAUCGUCUUAGUGAUAUACCUUGCCAAUGAUGAUUAUGAGCUAAAUGCCAACAUUGCCGAAGAAAUUAAAGCAACGUUUAGUGAACAUAUCAAUAAAAAAAGGUUACUUGUUAUCCAAAGCUCUACGGCAAGUUAUCCUCCGUUAUGGGAUUUGAAAGAAGGACAGCGGGAGAACAGGGAUGACAUUGGCUAUGCAGUCAAACAAAAUGUGGACUAUGCUUAUUUAGUUAAUUUCUGCGCCAAUCUGUCCCACUAUUAUUUGAUGUUGGAAGACGAUAUUGUUUGUGCCUCCAAUUUUGUAUCCAUCAUACAAAGAUACUUACACAAUACAAUGGAACACUGGGCCACAGUAGCAUUUUCCACACUGGGCUCGAUAGGGAAGCUGUAUCAUAAUGCUGAUCUUACUAGGCUAGCCAGAUUCCUCUUGAUGUUCUAUCGUGACAUGCCGGUAGACCACCUUCUUGAAAUGUUUUAUAAAUCAAGGGCUCAAAAAACUCUCAUAACCUUCCGGCCUUCCCUUUUCCAACACAUAGGGAGGGUUUCUUCAUUUCACAAUAUUGAAACGGAAAUCAAAGAUCCCGAGUUUGAAGAAGAUUUGGGAGACUCGGGAGAUUUCCUUAGUGCUUCAUGUUUCACAAAUAUUUCUAUUGUUUUAAAUUAUCCGCCGGAAAAUGUGUGCCCUCCUGGGAAAGGUGUGUUCUGGGGCAAGAAGGUGGAAGCAAAUAGCUUUUUCACCAUUGUUUUUGGGAAUCCAAUUAUUGCCCAGAAGAUUCAGAUUUACACAGGUUCAGCUGAAUAUUCUAAGGACAUCCUCUAUGAUGGCCAUGUUGAAGAGGGAAGACUCAAAGUUCAUUCGGAAGAUGGGCAAACGUGCCUGAUUUUUAGAAAAAUAGGAACAUUUAAGGAUGGACGUUUUGAGUUGGAAGAUAAGCAAAGAAGCAAUGACAUAGAGUGCCUUCGGAUUCUAAUCACAGCACCGCAAAAGGAAUGGCUGAGAAUAAGGAAAAUUAACAUUUGGGUGAAGAAGUAUUGAAAUGCACGUUCUCUUGUACAAGCCAGUUGCCUUCAUUAUAACUGUAAAUUUUAAUUCCUGAUUUCUGUAAUUGAAGAACAGUUCUGUUUCUCCUUAAUUAAAAUAAAACAUGGAAGGCAAAAAAAAGAAUAAAAGGGGAAAAAAAGCAACAUUGCAGCAUGAUCAUAGUUUUUUGCAAAGACUACAGUUUUGAAUUUUUUCCCCCUAAAAAUAUCUCAUUUCUGAUUAUGGAAGAGCAUUUAAAUAUUCCUAAAUGGGCCAGGCUCAGCUUUCCGAUAUGAUACUAAAGUGCCAUUGUGGCUGUGGACUUUUUCUUGAGUGUCGUAAGGUUGCUUGCCUCGCCAAAGUGUUUUUUAAUAAAAUGGUUAGCUAGUAUACCACAAAACAAAGGACCACCCUCAGAUGUAAUUUCUGAUUGUUUCUCCUGGGCUUUGCAGAGAGACAUCUGUCAAGAAUGGAGUGAGGAUGUGUGUUUAAAAUUUUAACAUGGUGGCUUCAGCCAUGCAGUUGAAAGUCUUUCUUUCAUAUUGAAAAGGGCAUACACAAGGGUGGGCUUCAAAAUUUUUAGCAAGGGGUUCUCUUCCCGGUUGCUGGGUGGGCAUCGCCAUGGUGGGCAUGACCUAGUUCGCCUCCUGCACCACAGUCGGGAGGGGUGUUUUUGCUCUCCCUGGGCUCUGAAGGCUUUUCUUGAGCCUCCAGGAGGGAGAAAACAGCCUCCCCAGUCUGCAGAGGCCCUCUGGAGGCUAGAAACGGGCCAAUUUCCGGCCUUCCCAAACUUCCAGUAGGUCCAGUCGAGCCUCUGCACCUGCCCUGAACUUACCUGCAUCCAAAACGGUCCGUGUGGGGAUUCCUGGGAGGGGAGGGAUGGGCAGGGCCAGCCAGGAGUGGGAUUUUGAGGUUCACUGAACUGCACAGAAUCUUAGCUAGAGGUUCUCCCGAACCCCUGCAAGCCCCCAGCAGCCCAUCCCUGGUCAUACAGUCCUGGCCACUAUAUUGAGAUUUUCUAGCCUCUUCCAUCCAAAGAUGCCUCUGGCAUCCCAUCUUAUUUUACAAAAUAAAAAUGAUAGUGAGUUGCAAAGCGAUGCCCUGUUUCAAAGUAUGCCCACUUACCUGCAAUAGAAUAAGUGAAUGUGGAAGAGAGAAAAAUAAGUCUUAAAAGCUGAGAAGCAGUCCCAUAACAGGUACUCCUCACUUAAAGGUCACAGUUGGAACCGGCAAGUCUAUCACUAAGAGACACAGUCAUUAAAUGAAACAUCACGUAACCAGUGCAAGGUCACAUGACUGCGACUUGCGACUUCCUGCCACAUUCCCCAUUGACUUUGCUUGAUGGAAAGAUGGCGUAAAGAUCACAAAUGAUGAUUGCGUGACUGCAGGAUAUUUUGACUGCCACAAAUGCACGUCAGUCGCCAAGCACCCAGAACACAACCAUGUGAUUAUGGGAACACUGUGAUGGUCCUCAGUUUGAGAAAUGAUCCUAAAUCCAUUUUCAGCACUGUUGUAAGUUUGAAUAGUCACUGAAUUAGGCAGUCAUUAACCGAGGGCUGCUUUAAUUUGUUAAUAUUAGGGGGCUUUAUGACUGUAUCCACUAGGGUGUAUAUUUUGUGAAAAAGUUAAUAAUAUGCUCUCCAAUCUGCGUUAUAUACUGCCCAAUAAUAUAUACUUUUUUGGGCAGCAGUACAGAUGUGGCCUGUAACUUCUUUAGGAUUUUUCUUUUCUUUUUUACUUUCUAAUCUAAUCUAAAAUCCUCGCAUUUCCUUGAGCUCAAGUAGUUAACUCGGCUCAGCCUUGCUUAGAUUCUAAGCCUUGCCAAGGUCAGUCAGGUGCUGCCACCUGCUGAGACAUUAAAUGAGGGUCUUGUUAUAAGCAAUCAGUAGGGGAACAAAAAAUCCAUAUGGAUGUGCCUUGACAGUAAAGAUAGAUUUUGAUAUUUAUCUCCUAGACAUAAAUGACAUACCUCUUCGGUGAAGCAUUUUUAUUGAUUUAUUUUGUUUAUCUAAAAAAAUUUAUAUGGUCGCCCACUUACUCUGAGUGUCCUAAAAAAAUAAAAAAAAACAAUAUAGAAACAAUAAAAAACAAUACUCCCACCAACGAGCUACAACGAUCAGUCAAACAAGCCACUCAAUGGGCUCUAACCCACUCUUCCCCCGCCCCCAGUCCCAUUGGCAAAAUCAGAUCUUCAGAGCCUUGUGAAAGAAUGGCAACGUGGGGGCCAAUCUAAUCUCCGCAGGGAUGAUGUUCCAAAGGGAGCAAGCCACCAUGGAGAAGGCCCUUCUUCUGGGUCCACCCCAGGAGUGAAAC